AUUGACCCCUCUACACCCCGCAUUCAUCCAAGUAAGUUGACCUCACCUUCACAUUUGCCCGACCCUGACUGACGCUCUAGCCAGACUCAGCAAGUGAAAGUAUUCUCACAGAGAGAAGCUUUUCACCUUCAUCCCGGAGUCUCACAGCGGGAUAACUAAGCCGGCUCAUCUCAGGGUCUCUCACUCGGACCUGCCCCUCUUCAACCAGGGUAUCAAGAUACCUCUCAGUCGCUACUCUGGGACUACGCCCACCACCAACAACUCAUUUCGCAAACGACACAACACAUUCAUCACAAUGAGCCCAGUAAGCGACGUCGCCGACGGCGACACGGGCGACCUCUUCGCCGACCCGGAGGACUACUACCCGCCCACCCCGCCACCAACUUCGCAAACCCACACCCUCGCCUCGGGCCGAGUCCUGACGCUUCACCUCGUCGGCUACUCACCCACCGAAGCGCACCACCUCUGGAACGGAAGCCGCGUGGUCUCGGACUACUUUGAGGCGGACCCGUCCCGCGUCAAGGGCAAGACGGUGCUGGAGCUCGGUGCCGGUGCCGGCCUGCCGAGUUUGACGGCGGGCAUCUUGGGCGCGAAGCGCGUCGUGGUGUCGGACUUCCCGGACGCGGAUAUCGUUAUGACGAUGCAGAAGAAUGUGGACGAGGCGGGGGAUCUGGAGGGGGUUGUGGUGCCCAAGGGGUAUGUCUGGGGCGCGGACGUGAAGCCUUUAUUGGCGGAGAUUGCUUCUUCUUCUUCAGCCGAGGGGGAAGAGAAGAAGUUUGACGUGCUGGUGUUGGCGGAUCUGCUGUUCCGGCACUCUGAGCACGGGAAGCUUGCCGACACGAUCUGGGAGGCGCUGGCGAGGAAGGAAGGGAGCGUGGCGUACGUGUUCUUCACGUCGUACCGGCCGUGGCUGAGGCACAAGGACCUGGCCUUCUUCGAUGUCGUGAGGGAGAGGGGGUUGCUUGUCGAGCAGGUGUUUGAGAAGAAGAUGGAGAAGCCGUUGUUUGAUGGGGACCCGGGCGAUCUGGAGAUCCAGAAGACGGUGAGCGGGUUUGAGGUGCGGUGGCCGAAGGAGCUGCUGGAGGAGGGCAAGGCAUGAGGGGGGUUGGAGAUGUUGAAGACGUUGAACGAGGGACGGUGAUUUUCUGUUGGAUUGCGGUAUGGGAUCUCUGAGCCAUGGGCGAGUGGUUUUCUACGAGAAAUGAGCA